GGGAAACGUAAAGCGUUAAUACUGUGACGUCACAUUAGUAAAGCAUAAUAUAUUUUAGUACAGACGUAUAGGCCACUGAGGAAGCGUGACUGUCUGUAUCAUCUUUCGAAAGUGUCGAUUAAAUAAUAGUGCUAAAUAAUAAAAACAUAUAAAGGAAUAGGAGAAGAAUCUAUUUAUAAAUUGGAUAAUAUGACGUCCAAUAAUUAUGAGCCUCGUGUUGAAUUUCUUGAGAAGGUGCUUAAAAGAGUUUUCAGAUUCCCUUUUCCAAAUCCCAUUAAUCCUGAGAAGAAUAACAAUGGUAAGACGAUCUACGGAAACAGUUUAAGGCGAACAAAUCCUACAAUAAAAAUUCAUUGUCCCUUUGACACAACCGCAAUAGUCCUCGUUUCUUGCAUCACAGACGACGUCAACGGGAAACACAUGCCUCACCCACAUAGAAUUGUGAGUCAUCCAGACUGUAAGAAUGGAGUCUGUGUAGUGAAUGGGAGUAUAAAAAACGGUGAGGCAGUUAUGGUAUUCAAGAAUAUUGCAUUACUGCGAACUUUUAGAGAAGAUGCCUUGGAAGAGUUACAGAAAAGAAGGGAAUUUGUAAAAACAAUCGGUGCCGAAUGCAAUCUUUUUAGAGGAGAGAACAUCGAAGCCUCAAUGUUUAAUAUGCAUUCGAUUAGAAUUUGUUUUCAAGUAUUGUUGAAAAUGGGAGAUCGUUACAUGGAAUUGGAACCUUUAAUAAGUGAACCGCUUAUUGAUCCUCUAGCUACUAAUCUAAAUAUCCUUGAAAUGUGUCCGAAUGAGGGCAGAAUAAAUUGGGCGACAAAAAUAAUGCUGGUUAUAAAGAAUAUUAAGAACACGGAGAGGAUUAGUGUAAUAUUUGUAGAUACGGAUUCUAAUGAGUUCCCCGCAGUGAUGGAACAGACUCAGCCCUUUGUCUUGUCUAAUGGCUUUGGUGUACUUAUAUGUUACACGCCAAAAAUCUUACCCAAAGAUUCUUGUAUGUGCAGCGAGUUUGCAGUAAAAGUGAGAUCAAAUACCGGAGAAACUCUUUCUGAGAAUAUGCGCGGUUUUGUGUUAAGAAGAAUUGAAUAUCCCGAUUCAGGUAAGGUGCAUAUUUUUUAG